AUGGAGUCCAAGCAAGAUCAGCAUUCUCUCGCCACAAAUUGGGUUUCACACGCGGUCCUUCAAAACCUUGCAGACCAACAUGACUGGACUUGCUUAGAGCUCCAUGAAGGACCAGAUCAACCUCGACCUAUCAUCAAAGGUCUGCCACCAAAGCGGCUGUAUUUGCACCCCGACGAUCAAAUUGCUGCUCUCGCUCACGAAGAAGCCACCGGGGAGAAGCUGCUCAACACCCCCGAGUUCGAAUGGGUCUUGGCCGUGCAUAUCAGUGAGACUUGGUCUCUCGGCAAGUUCUCGGCUGUUUUCGACACAAUCUCUAAUACCAGUGCGCAACAAAAGAGAAUAGUGCUGGCAACAGUUCACAACGAUUCCACAGUGGUUUACUAUGUAAUGCACGAAGGAUUGGUCAAACCUCGUCAAAAUUGA